AUGAUAGGUGGAAAAGAAUCCUGCGCUUCAGGCCAGAUACCGAUGACUGACCUGAGCUGCCUUGCCUAUGUACUGGAAGAAUGGACUGUUGUGGAGCUCCUGAAGAAAUACCUUUUUCAUAUAGUCAUCGCCUCACUGACAAUGAGUGCAAUAUUGUUUGUUUUUAUAGUUCCUUUAACAAUCCUUUUUUUCAUUUACCUUAGUAAUAUUUUGCUUUUGAUAUAUCAGAGGAACAGUGAGGUAAAAGCAGACCCCUUGAGUGAAGUUUGGGAUAGUGCAAGGAAAACUAUAGCAAGCUUUUGGGAUAUAUAUGCAAGAAUAUGGCAUGGUUAUGAGCUUCAUGGUGUGGAAAACUUACCAGAAGGACCGGGCAUUCUUGUGUAUUACCAUGGAGCUAUUCCUAUAGACUACCUUUACUUUUUGUCUAGGCUGUUUCUCUGGAAGAAAAGACUUUGUCUGUCAGUCGCUGAUCAUUUUGUCUUUCGUUUACCAGGACUUAAAUUAUUAUUGGAAGUGACGGGUGUUAUGCCAGGUACAAGGGAGGAAUGUCUCAUUGCACUGAAGAAUGGACACUUGGUGUCCAUCUCACCAGGUGGAGUUAGAGAAGCAUUAUUCAGUGACGAAAGUUAUCAACUCCUGUGGGGAAAUCGAAAAGGCUUUGCUCAGGUCGCUUUAGAUGCAAAAGUGCCCAUCAUUCCAAUGUAUACUCAAAAUGUCCGGGAAGGAUAUAGGAUGUUUAAAGAAAGAAAUUUUGCUUUUCAGACUUCUGCUUACUUUGGAUUCUCUAACACGCUUGCUGUGGGAAUUUUUAGACAGUUGUAUGAAAGUACUCGAUUGCCGUUUACUCCUCCGUAUGGAGGACUUCCCGUUAAAUUUCGCACAUACAUUGGGGAGCCAAUCCCUUACGAUCCAAAUAUAACUACAGAGGAAUUAGUUGAGAAGACAAAGACUGCCGUCCAGGCUCUCAUAAGCAAGCACCAAACAAUACCAGGCAGCAUAUGGAAAGCUUUACUGGAGCGAUUUGAUAAACGUCAUAAAAGUGAUUAG